ACUUGAUUAAACGAUUCGGUCCUGUAAACCAUUCGCGGAUUUCGCGACUAAAAACAAUAAUCCAUCGGCAUUCAUAGGAUGGGUCGUCGAAAGAAGGCCGCUAACCAUCCGUUCGACAACCAUCGGCCUGGUCGGGUUACGGGUGAGACGGUACCUAGCGAGCCCGGGUCGGUGGCCGUUAGUGCGCAGGAGGAGGAAGACCCAUACACGAUACCGUUUCAUUCGCGACAGGCCGCAUUUGCCAUCCUGUGGCUGCUCGUCUACAGCUUUGCUAUGUUUACGUUGCCGUUCGGUGCGUUCUACGGCACGAGGCACGUGCUGGCGGAACACUUUCAAAUCGUGGGUUUCCACAACACGUGCGGGUCGGUGCUAGCCGCAGUAAUGACGGUCAAUGUCAUUAUCAUGCUUUACGCAUUCCGAGGCUUUCGUGAGGUAGAGGAGGAAGAUCGUGAGCGAUCGAGACGAAAAUCUAGCUAAAACACAAAAAAAACCCCAAGCAUUGUCCACACCGCUAGUAUUAUAGGAAAAUAAACAUCUCUUUGCAGGAGUAUUUGUAACUA